GUGGUGUGGCCCCUGUAAAAUCCUUGGCCCCAGGCUGGAGAAGGCUAUUGCCAAACAGAAAGGCCGCGUUGCCAUGGCAAAAGUCGACAUCGAUGAGCACACAGACCUGGCCAUCGAAUAUGGGGUUUCUGCUGUUCCAACCGUCAUCGCCAUGCGAGGAGGCGACGUCGUCGAUCAUUUUGUUGGGAUCAAAGAUGACGAUGAACUGGACUCUUUUGUCAGCAAAGUCAUUGGACAAUAAGCUGUUUGCUUUCAAUAUUUGUUCCUCUGGUGCACGUGGCUGCCCCCCCCCCCCCAUCUACAUUUAAGUCUGUUUAGCCACAGCCUGUGAAUGAAGCGUUGCCCCAGCUCCAGCUGGCACACCGUCAGAGGUUCACACCCAUCCCUGGACCAGCUGCUUCAGUCCUGGCGUGUUGCGUUUGUGUUCCUCCUCUCUUUUGUCUGGUGAUGGGUGUGAGCCUCCGGCUGCGUUUUACUUUAGGCUUUUGCUGCAUUCAGAAGCAGCUUUUUAUGAACCAACGUGACAGCUCUGUGAAUCGGUAACUAAUGUACGUAAAAGCUAAAUAAAAGCUGUUGUGUGUACUGUGAGGAAGAAACGUUUCUAGUUUUAGCGGAGAAGAGGAGCUUCUGGGAAACCUGACUUUACUGAAUGAUACUUUAGCCCACACGAUGGCGUGGCGUCUGUCAAACACGACUACGCCACACGGGGUCACUUUUACACCAUUUAUGCCUAUCAAUGUGAGGAGGAUGUUUGACUGUGUGUGUGUUUGGGAAACUGAGGUCUGUUGGAAAUUACAGAUGUGAGUUUAAUUUCAGUUUAUGACUUAAAUGAGAUCUGUGUACCGGAAUCAUGACCAGAUGAAGUAAUAAAGACGUCAAGAUGUUCA